CCCACCGCAGCCAUGGACGCGAUCAAGAAGAAGAUGCAGAUGCUAAAGCUGGACAAGGAGAAUGCCAUCGACCGUGCCGAGCAGGCCGAGGCCGACAAAAAGCAGGCUGAGGACCGCUGCAAGCAGCUGGAGGAGGAGCAGCAGGCCCUCCAGAAGAAGCUGAAGGGGACAGAGGAUGAGGUGGAAAAGUAUUCUGAGUCAGUGAAGGACGCCCAGGAGAAACUGGAACAGGCUGAGAAGAAAGCUACCGAUGCCGAGGCAGAUGUGGCCUCCCUGAACCGCCGCAUUCAGCUGGUAGAGGAGGAGCUGGACCGGGCGCAGGAGCGCCUGGCCACAGCCCUGCAGAAGCUGGAGGAGGCUGAGAAGGCAGCUGAUGAGAGCGAGAGAGGAAUGAAGGUCAUCGAAAACCGAGCCAUGAAGGAUGAGGAGAAGAUGGAGCUGCAGGAGAUGCAGCUGAAGGAGGCCAAGCACAUCGCUGAGGAUUCCGACCGCAAAUAUGAGGAGGUGGCCAGGAAGCUGGUGAUCCUGGAAGGAGAGCUGGAGCGCUCAGAAGAGAGAGCAGAGGUGGCUGAGAGCCGCGCCAGGCAGCUGGAGGAGGAACUCCGAACCAUGGACCAGGCCCUCAAGUCCCUGAUGGCCUCAGAAGAGGAGUAUUCCACCAAAGAAGAUAAAUAUGAAGAGGAGAUCAAACUGCUGGAGGAGAAGCUAAAAGAGGCUGAGACCCGAGCAGAGUUUGCCGAGAGGUCUGUGGCAAAAUUGGAGAAGACCAUCGAUGACCUGGAAGACGAGGUCUAUGCACAGAAGAUGAAGUACAAGGCCAUCAGCGAGGAACUGGACAACGCACUCAACGACAUCACCUCCCUCUGAGCCCCACGCCAGUGUGGCCCCCUCAGCCCCUUCUCUCUCCUCUUUCCAUUCUCUGUGGGGAGGGGGCAGGCAGGAGGAGCAAAAUGGUCAGCAUCACACAGCCAGGCUGGGCGCCGCCUCAGAGAGCCCCCACCACACCUGCCGCCCACCUUGGCACUUGCUUCAUCCUUCUAUCCACCCACUCCACCCAGCCUCUACCUCUUUCUGCUGCUUAAUAAACUCAACUUGGUCUCCAUGCUGUUUUCCUGCCCUCCAGAGAGCACUUCCUCACCCCCUCAGAGACCCUGGCUCUUAUAGACAACCCCAAUCUUGUGAGCCCCACCCCCACACUGAGCUCACCCACAGAACACUGUGGCCCACACAGAACCCCCUUCACAUGGCACUCUCGCUCUGUCACUGUUUAACUGCUGCACGUUGGCACAAAUGAUCCCGUCAGUCGCUGUGAGCCCUCUGCUGCCUCUGAGAGACACGUUCUUAUGCCAACCUAGCCCUGUCACUAGUGCCGAGCACGCCACUGCGGUUCCAGGAUGAAGGAAGGACUGGAGAGGAGAUGGGUGGGGAGGUGCCAAGGG